AUGGCUUCAACGGCCGUGCGGACUCCGCAGCCACCACCGGGCCACGCGUUCACCAAACCCAACGGCCGCCAGAUCAUCACGCAGUACCUGGCCCCCAAGGCGCUCCACGGCGGCCGCGGCACCUUCUUCCCCGGCCACGUUGCGGAGGGCGUGGAUGUCUUCUCCGCGAGCCCCGAGGCGCUCCCCUUCCACCCCAGCUGCAACAGGACGCGGCCGAACGGGGACGUGUGGGGCUACUUCUUCGCGGCCCGUCCCGCCGGCGACGCGCGGCCGGUGCCCGGCGGGUGCUGGGUGCGGUACGGCCUCGACAAGGGAUACGGGCACGGCGGGGAUCCUCAGGCGGCGGUCGCCUUCAGACGCAGGUUCGCGUUCCACGUGACGUGGCUGCGCGGCGACGGCAGGGGGGUGGCGUCGGUGCCGACGCCGUGGCUGAUGAAGGAGUACCGGCUCAACAAGGGCGCGGCCGCCUUCCGGGCCGGGCCCUGGGCCGCGGCGAGCAUGGACUGCGUCGUCUGCAAGGUCUUCAGGACGCCCGUGUGCGGGAACACCUUGGUCUUGUCUGUUGUUACCAUUCGAGGAAAAAACAUUUGA